AUGAAUAUAAUAUGUAACAUAUUAAUAUUUUUAUUAUAUUAUAAAAUAACUAAAGCAUCAGAUAAAAAAUAUAAUAAAAUCUUGAGUUCUAGUAGCAAAUUAAAAGAAAAUUCAAAUAAUUUGGACUUAUUAAACUUAAAAAAAAAUGAAAUAAGAAAUCAACAAAAAAAAAUUAAAAUAUUUAAUGAAUUGUCUAAAAUUGAAAGUAUAAAUAGUCACCCAUAUUUUAGAUCCAAAUUUUCAUUUUUUCAGAAUAAUGAUAAUGCAAAUGAUACUAAUUCAAUAGAUAAAAAAAAUGAUGAAAAAGAAAAUAACAAUAUUAGUAAUACAAAGCAUGAAUUAAUAGAUGUUAAAUCACAAUUAGAAGAACAAGAAAUUAUCAGAAGAGGAGAACAUUUUUAUUUGAAUGGUGGUAGUGCAAAAUAUGAAUAUAAUAACGAUGAAGAUUUUUUUAAAAAUUUUCAAAAUAAUCACAAUAAUAAAAUUGAAAUUUAUAGUCCAUGUUUUGAUCUAACAGAUAUGAAAACUUGUAAGGAGAAUCAGGCAUGUUUUUAUGAUAACAUAUAUCAAUCAUGUUUUCAGAAUUGUAAACUUUUAGAAGAAAAAGAAUGUUUAAAAUAUACUGAAUGCAAAUUUUCUAAUAAUGGUUGCGAAAAUCAAGGUUAUGUAAAUCUUCAAGUAUUUGGUAAUGAUUUAGGAUCAGGGAUAAGAGCAUGUGAAUUAUUUGAAACGGAAGAAUCUUGUUAUCUCAUGGAAAAACAUUAUAAACAAUUAGAAGAUGAAAACAAAACCAACUUCAAUUGCAUGUGGUUAUCGUAUAAUCAUGAGUGGAAGGAAUAUGAAAAAGAAAUAAAAAAUAAUAAGAAAGAAGAAAAUGAGAACAUUGAAGAGACUAAGAAUAUAAGAGGAGAAAAUCAACAAAAAGAAAAAAAUGAUGAUAUUAAUUACAAUACGUUAAGAAAUGAUAAGCCAGGUGAAAUUGCGAAAAAUGAAAAAUUUCUUUCUUUAUUAGAGUUACACUUAAAUGAAAAAAAAAAAAAUAGCUCAAAAAGCAAAAGCAAAAAAAAAAAAGAAAGUGAAGAGGAGAAUGAUGAUUUUGAUGAAUAUAAUGAAGAAGAAAAUGAACAAAAUAUGAAUGAAAGUGAUCAUGAUAACAAUAAUGAAGAUGAAGAAGAAGAUUAUGAUGAAGAGAAUGACGAAGAAUACACAAUUAAAAAAAAAAAUAAGAAAGAUAAUAUGGAAUCUAACAAUGAAAAUUUAAAUGAAACUAAAAAUGUUGAUAAUAUAGAAAAUGAAGAAAGAUAUACAAAAAGGGAAAAUAUUUUCAAAAAAGACCAAGUGAAAAUUCCUGAAACUGACACAAUAAAUGAAAAAAGUGAAAUAUUAAUAGAAACUAUCAAUGAAGAUAAGCAAAAGAAGAAUGAUAAAAGUAAUUCUUCCAUUGAUAUAAAUAGCAAGAAUGAAAAAGAAUACACUGACCCUUUGUACAACGAUGAAAACAAUAAUGUUCAAAAUGAAAAAGAAAUAUCAAAACAUGAUUUUAACAGGAAAAAAAAUAAUAAAGAAAACGAAAAAUCAUUAAAAGUUGAAACACAUAUAUGUGCUAAUUUAAAUGAAAGACCAAAUCCAUCUAUCUUAUUAGAAGGAGCAUUAUUAGCUGAAAAUGAAGCUGAAUUGCAAAAAAUUAAGAAAAAACAUAAUGUUUCUGAAAAUGAAAUAUGCGAGAGACCAAGAAAAGAACCUCAUGUUUCUCUUAUACCUGAUAAAAAAUAUUAUUUAAUUGGAGAAAAAAUUGAAUUUAAAUGUAAAGAUGGAUAUAAGUUUAUUGGUACUACAAAUGUUGCUGUGUGUAUAGGAAGAAAUAAAAUAAUGCCUAAUAUAACUUGUGAAUCUUUAAAAGAUUUUGAUGAAACUGAAAAAGCAAAUAUACAAAAAAUUAAUAAUAUAAUUAGUUCAGAGACAAAAUAUACAUUUACAAAAUUAAUAGGUUUUAUUAUUUUAAUUUUAAAUGUUUUAUAUUAUUUGUAA